ACGACAUCGUACCAAAGCAAACAAAAACUCCAUCGUCAUGUCCAAACUCUCUCAUCUUGAUCCCUCUUUCUUCUUCCCCGUCAUCAUCAUCAACAAUGCAUCGAAAUCAAAACUCUCCAUUUCCUAUCCUCCACUAACAAAACCAAACCCAAAAACCCAAUGGAGAAACACAUUGAAAAUUUCUUAAACAAAGUCUCAUUGGUUUUCAUAGCCAUAGCCACAAUCACCCUUCUCUACCUUUCCCUUCAAACCCCACAAACUUGUAUCCCACCAAACACACCCCCCACAAAACCCCACCUCAAAUUCCCUUCUUCUACAUGCGACCCUUCUCUAAACCACCCUUACAUGGAUCCUACCAAGAAAAGAUUGAAACUUUGGUCUUCAAAAUCUUGGCUUUCUCAAGUCUCUUCUUUCACAACUUUCUUCCAAAGUCUGAAUCUUUUGAACAAUGAAACCAAAGUACUCUGUGUUUCAGCAGGUGCUGGACAUGAAGUGAUGGCGCUGAAUAACAUGGGUGUUAGUGAUGUUACUGGUGUUGAGAUAGUGGAUUCUUUGCCAUUAGUUAAAAGGGCUGACCCCAAUAACUUGCCCUUCUUUGAUGGGGUUUUUGAUUUGGCUUUUAGUGCUCAUUUAGAAGAGGCUUUGUUUCCUUUGAGGUUUGCUGGGGAGAUGGAGAGGACUGUGAGGAAUGGUGGGGUUUGUGUGGUUGUUGUAGAGGAAUGUGGUGGAGUGGAGGUGGAUGCAAUUGUUGGAUUGUUUAGGAAGUCUAUGUUUGUUGGCGCUGAGAAUGUUACAUUGACUGGGAUGAGGAUGACCAGGAUUAUUAUGAGAGUUGGUGUUUCUUCUUCUUCUUCAUGAUUUCCAUCGUUUUCUGUACCCAUCAAUGAAGGGCUUCAAGAGGCAUAAUCGAUGGAUGUCAAAGAAAUAAUGCAAAUUCAGUGCUGGUACAUGUAAUAUCUCCUUUGAUGAUCAGCAAUAUGUUUGGAGUGAAGCUCAACUAUUUUGCUGCUUUAGCAAAUGGAGUUUGUCAUCGAGGAAGUUGCAAUUUGCCAUGGGACACAUGAUUCUUCAGAGAUAAAUGGCUUGUUAGUGUCUGAUUUAUGACACCGCAUUAAGUCGAAGUGUUCAUGAACAAUUCAGUAAGAUUUUCAUGCAGACUAAUAUUUUUGCCCUUGAAAAUUAAUUCCAGCUGUCUUUUCCUGAAGUACAUACAAGACAGGCAUUUAGUUUUUGCUUGCAUGUCCAUUUUUUCUGGCCAUACCAUUUUCAAGAUUCGGUAGUGGCAUUGAACAGCAAAGUAAACUUCAUGCAAGUAAUUGUAGAUCGAGAUGGUUUCUUUCUAUUCUCAUACUGAAUUGAAUCAAUAAAGGUAUUUUAGACCAAGUUAUUAUUUA